CAUGCUAGUUCUUGUAAUUGCCUAAUCGAGAUUUGAGAUUCGAAAAUUACAGUGACAGGCUGCGAGAGAAUGUGUGCAAUAUGAAAAGAGUCGAUAGUGCACUAGUUUUGUUUCACGAAAGGCGACAGAUUUUACCAUUGUCCUUCCUAUUUGUACUGUUUAAGUAGCCUCGGCUGACUCGGUGAGUCUGAAAAAGUCGUGAUUAGAAAUUUUCUGGGCAGCAGCCGCUCUUGAGCUAAGCUAGGUGUCUUGUCAUUGAAGUUCUUUUUGUGUCUAUGUUUGGACGAGAGACGCAACACAAACAGCAAGUAGAAGCGAUCCCUGAUUGAACAGUACACUUACCUACUACUUGUUUGCGAGUAUCAAUGUGUGAUUGUAUUUUCUACCAUGUGGUAAUGGAAAUUUUUCAAAAAGUUUGAACACCAUAGUAAAUUGUGGUAAUGGAAAUCUUUCAAAAAGUUUGAACACCAUAGUAAAUUAUAUCUCCUUGCUUUUUAAUGAAAACAAAUGGAGCGCUCAGAAAUGGAAUCUUCCCCGGCUGCAGUUCCGGCAGCUUCUGUCUGUGCGGAAGACAUGGACGCCACAAUUCGCAAGCCCGUGGUCGAUUCCGCGAGACAAGGUGUCUAUCCGGAGAAAGAAACCGCUUUAAGUUCUAAAGGGAAAGGCUUUCUAGAAAGAGAAAUGCCACCGAGCCCUUGGCACUUGUCCUCGGCGCAGCCAGCAUACGGCGCAAGUCACCACGACCUGGAGAAUUACUACGUAGGUAGCUCCUCGUCAGCUUGUAAUACAAGCGGGACGCCGAUAAAAGGCGUAGACCGUAAGCCGUACAGGCUGGAAGCAGUCAUGGGAGCAACUUCUCGCACUACUCCUCACGCAGGCUAUGCGGCUACCAAAGUGUCUAGAGGAAGCGGACCGUACGGCGGCGGGUCAGCACGUGGUAUGCCUGGAGGAAAGGGCCGCUUCUCCGUGCGGAGACCACCGAGAAUUUCUGCUGCCGAAGCCGGAGUAUUGGCACCUCCGAAGCUUAAGAAAACGACAUCUGUACAGUCAAGUACCUCAUCAGCGCCGUCAGGACAGCAAUCGUCACCCGAGCUAAGCUCUGCACCACAAUUUUCGCCCGUGGUCCAAAGGUCCAAAGGAUUGGCCUCUGUUUUACUGCCGCCGCCAAAGGUCAAUGUUUUGGAAGCGCCUAAAGGUCGAAGCGACAAUACGGGCCACACGGCGGCCGCUACAAUACCUGUUUUAUUCCCUUCGGUUGAAAAAUCAGCCUUCGCCGGGUCAACUUUACCGAUCAGUGAUGUGGCGGGCCUAGAAACUAUCAAAGAGAAUCCUGUCGAGACGCCGAUCAAUAAUCGGAGCAGCGGCGUUAUGCCUGCACCGUUUACGAAAAUGCCCGACCCGACAGUUGUCCUGAUUCAAGACGCAGUAGCAUCCUCAGAUAAACCGUGCUUUCCCUCGCCGUCGUCCGCGUUAAUAUGCGACGACGCCACGCCAGUGAGUCGUAAAGAGAACCGAAAGGACGAUGGAAGAGAGUUGAUAUUGGCGAAUGCAACUCCCGUGCAGCCACCGAAGGAUCCUGUCAAAUUCGCGCCGUUGCCACAAAUUAUGCAUGGAGGCGUGGAGGUGAGCGAGGGCCUCUCCCCGUCUAGUACCGACAACAAACACCAGCCAGCAGGGACGGGACUUGUACGAGGAGCUACAUGUGGCAGUCCAAGUGGUGCGUUUGCGAUGGCGAAGAAAGGGGCUUCAUUUUCAGGGAACAAGUUCCCUGUCCCGACUGCUGCGGAUGGAAAGAAAUUUGCGGCUCUCAGUAAAGGCAAAUCAUCUAGUUACCAUGCAACGACGGGUCCCUCUUACCAUGGCUAUAACAGUAAAGCCUCAGGAAGCAGCGACUACUGGCAACAAAAAGGCGUGAGCUUGAGCAGUCGCAUGAGCCGUAGUCCCGUUGCUGCAGAAGACCUUCUAUCUUCUCGAACUUUUCCAGACUACCAUGUAGAUCAGGCUUAUCUUGUCAUUGGGGGCGUUGCACCGGAAGACUUUCCCUUGGCAACCGAUCUUGGUGAAAACUGGGUCGAUGUUUUUGAGUCUGUGGCCGUCGACAGCAACGGGGGCGCUCUUGAAUGCGGAUUGACAGAAGGUACACCGGCACAUCGUGAACGUGCGCCGCAGGCAGUUUCACCAGCGACGAGAAGAGCACGAUUGAUGACAGCAUCCUCACCAAAAAGCCUACGUACAACGGAAAAACGCGUAGCAUCGUCGGAAAAGUCAGGGCUACGUCGGGAUAUGCCUGUGCUGAAGGAGAUCCACGAAGCCGCUAAAGACAGAGACUCGCCAAAGGAUAAUGUUGACGCCGAUGCUGAUAGAGCAGAAAGACGCGACGCACAUCCCUCAGUUGUAAAUGUGGCUCCGGAUGCUACUGUCCUCGGUGCUGACUCUUCAUCGCAGCAGGCACAUGCUUGCCUCGGGUUAACAGACAAGGACUUACAACGCGAAGGGAAAAGAGAUUCUGAAACUGGGGCGGAUCAAGGAACCCAGCAGCAGCAAUUCUCUUACAAGGAUGAAGCGAUGGACGUGGAGCACGAGCUCAGUGAAGAUUCGAUGGAAGACGUAGACGAGAUGCUUCCUGAAGACGAGUAUCAUGUAGUUGCUGGUAUGCAAGAAGUAUCAGAGGCAGUCGUAAAGGAACUAGAGGACGCAGUAGUUGAACCUGAGGAAGACUACGACAUGUUCGCGAGCGAGGAGGAUGAGGAAUUGAAUGCUGCGUCGGCGUCAAAGAGGAAGUAUCACGACGCAGGGGUAGCUGAAUCUGAAGAGGAGUCCACUCUUAAGAAUAACAGCACAUACGCCGCUCGUGGACAAGACGAUACUCCUGAUACUUCUGCGCGCUACAGUGACAGCGUCUCCCAAGGUAAGAGAAGGGAUAUUUUUCUGGAUUUCCAAGCCGUCGAUUUGAUAUCGGCACUGGAAGAGAAUAUUGCUAUUCCCUCAUUGGGAACGGAGAAAAAUGCCUCCUCCUCUUCGAAGAGCGGUCGUCUUGCUUCUGAAGAUAACGAAGGGUUAAUGUCUUUGCUAGUUCAGGCGAGCAGCGAGUGUAAGGAACAGGCUGAAGCAGAACGCACGCCGCGACCUCGCGGCCGCGAGUGGGUGACUACUGGCAUCAUUCCCACAGUCGCUAAAGAAGUUGUAAGUGCAGCACCUUCAAAAAGUGCUCGGCCUUCGGAGCGGAAAUUUUCAGGGAGAAAAAUAGGUCAUCGACACCAACGCCAUAGUUGCAGCAAAGAGGAGUGGCAUCAGAAUCGAAAGAGGCAUCACAGGUCCAACUCGUAUUAUAGUUCUGAAGGAAGACCACGAGGACGAAAAACUUCAAACUCGGGUCGAGGAGAUCAAAAAUGUGGCCGCGAGAAGUCUACCGAUCCACCGUUUGAUAGAUUUGCGACUUCUGCUGGGCAAAAAGACCGCUUUCCGGGUGACGACGUUCGAACAAGACUCUUCUCGAUGGAUUCUGCGCGAAGUCGCUGCAGUUCAGCUUCUGCAGCAGGAGCAGCCAGCCACCAACAAGCAUGUUCUGCUUUUUCAGCAUCCAUGACGCCACGAAAUGACUCGGGUCCACUCAGCAUGUUCGGUACACCUAGCACACCAGUGGCGCCUCCACGGUCUGCACAAUCGUCUGAUCAGUAGAAUGCGCAUCCUCCGGACGAAAAAUCACCUUCACCUGCGCAACUUCAAUAAGUAGGUACAACUUCUACCAUUUUUUAGCGCUCGAAUUGAAAUGAUUAGCGACGAUAGUGAUAACCUACAGCUUUUCAUAAACACGACGUGAAACCAAUACUCAGCUCGUGUAAAAAUUAUGCAUUUGUUCCAUACUUAUUCAGAUACCGAUCGUCGCUGGAAGGGACGAGCCGCGCGAGUUUCAUGCUUGAAAGAAAUGCGGGUAUGCGGAGAAAAUUAGGGGAGGACUCUCACCCUGACAUUACAUACUUUAAUGAGCUUGUUUCCACAUGAACAUGAGUCUGAGGUGGAACGCAAAACAAUGAUAACCACUGAUGUUAGCACGUGAUAUCAAACGAACGUUUUUUCUCUGCUCAAGGAGACGCCUCCAG